AGCAGAAGCUUUGAACUAUCCCAACAGACUCCAGUCCUACCGAACGGAGACAAGUAGAGUGGAUAACCCAGUCAGACGAGAGAGCUAACUAGACUAAACACAGACUUGAAUACAUCGCUACAGUCAGUCCUCUCAUGCACCGUCCCGUUUCAUCUGUCGUUAUUGUUAUAUGAUUAUUAUUGCGGCCGUUCGCACCUUGUUAUUCCGGGAGGAGUAAAUCUAUAUGGCCGCGACGCUGAUCACGAUGAGCGCUGGGACCGGGACCGGGCCAGGGCAGGACGAGAUGUUCUACACCCUACUCAAGCCCAUGCUGUCGGAAGGCUUCCCGACCGAGGAGUCGGCUCUGUACGGCUUCGAUACUAAGAACGUACUGACGGAAAGGAGUGGACACAGUGACUACACGCACCAGACAGGGAAGAGUGAGCUGGAUAAGUAUCUCUCCCCCCAGACGCCGCUCCUGAUGCCCCAUCCGGACCCUCCAGAGCAGAACAAGUCUCGGCGGGACAGUGCCUCUGUGAUGGAUCACUUCUUUAGCGACGACCAGGGUGGAUCUCCUUACAGCAUCAACAUGAACGUCUUCCUACCCGACCUGGCCUACCUGAGGAUGGGCUUGUGUCGGCCGGCACGCCCAGGGCCUGGAGGUAACGGUGGAGGCAUGGGCCAGCAGGUCAAAACAGAACCUCCUGCCUCCUCUCCCUUCGUCCAUCCUCACCCUCACUGCCCCAGCAGUAGCGUCCACGGUAACAGCAUCAGCCUUUCCACGGUAACGUCGGUGUCUUCUUCUUCGUUACCAGAGUUCACUAGCGUGUUCAGCCCGUCGGGUGGCGGUGACCCGACCUCUGACGCCGUGGCAACGGGCGGUUCUGUUUACGUGAAGGAGGAGCUGGGGUCGUUCGAUCUGCCUCACGACGACUCUCUGUUCCAACUGCUCUCUGCAGAGCUGGACUCCGCCCCUCUCGCGCCCAUGCAUCACCACGGCAACAAUGCUCAUCACCGGGCGGGGCAGCAUCACGGAGGUUCCGGUCCCUCGCCCAUCAUGCACACCUUCCACGACCUACACUUAGCCGCCCAGGCCCAGCAGCAACACCAACAACUACAGACUGCCAAGUCAAGCUACUGUGGUGGGCUGCACAGUGUGGGAGGGGCCUACCCCCACCCUCACUUCCUCCAGCAGCCCCAGCACCAUCAGGCCAAGGCCCCCUACCUGCCCCCCUCUCCUCCCAGCUCAGAGCCCAGCUCCCCAGAUCGUCAGAAGGACCUCCUUCAGAACCUCUCCCCUCCCCCUUCCUAUGCCGCCACUAUCGCCUCCAAGCUGGGAGUCAGCGUCUCCCCCAGUCUUUCCCCCACCGGUGUGGCUCGGCCCCCAGCCUCAAGUCUAACUCAAGCCCCAGGCUCCGGCCCAGCUCCAAGCCUGAACCAGUCCAUGCAGGUCCGCUACAACCGCAGGACCAACCCAGACCUGGAGAAGAGGAGGAUACACCACUGUGACUUCCCAGGAUGUAAGAAAGUGUACACCAAGUCUUCCCAUCUGAAAGCCCACCUGAGGACCCACACCGAUCACGAUACACUGCAGACCUUCGCCACUAUUGGCCUAUUGUCACUGCAGACCUUCGCCACUAUUGGCCUAUUGUCACUGCAGACCUUCGCCACUAUUGGCCUAUUGUCACUGCAGACCUUCGCCACUAUUGGCCUAUUGUCACUGCAGACCUUCGCCACUAUUGGCCUAUUGUCACUGCAGACCUUCGCCACUAUUGGCCUAUUGUCACUGCAGACCUUCGCCACUAUUGGCCUAUUGUCACUGCAGACCUUCGCCACUAUUGGCCUAUUGUCACUGCAGACCUUCGCCACUAUUGGCCUAUUGUCACUGCAGACCUUCGCCACUAUUGGCCUAUUGUCACUGCAGACCUUCGCCACUAUUGGCCUAUUGUCACUGCAGACCUUCGCCACUAUUGGCCUAUUGUCACUGCAGACCUUCGCCACUAUUGGCCUAUUGGCACUGCAGACCUUCGCCACUAUUGGCCAUUUGUCACUGCAGACCUUCGCCACUAUUGGCCUAUUGUCACUGCAGACCUUCGCCACUAUUGGCCUAUUGUCACUGCAGACCUUCGCCACUAUUGGCCUAUUGGCACUGCAGACCUUCGCCACUAUUGGCCUAUUGGCACUGCAGACCUUCGCCACUAUUGGCCUAUUGUCACUGCAGACCUUCGCCACUAUUGGCCUAUUAGCCCAACGGGACACCGCCUCUGACCAGAGCCCAACGGGACACCGCCUCCGACCAGAGUCCAACGGGACACCACCUCUGACCAGAGUCCAACGGGACACUACCUCUGACCAGAGUCCAACGGGACACGACAGAUCCACUGUCGUCUCCAAUCAGAGACAGAUCAGAGCCAUGUCGUGA